AUGUAUUACAAACCAUACGGGAAACCUUCAUCUCUUAACCAGUCAACAGUAUCUUUACACAAAAAAAGCAAUUCUUCUUUGCCUUCUCUACUACAAAUAACAAAUCCAAAGCCGAAAGCAAAAGAAAAAACAAAAUUUAUCCGUAAAAAGCUAGGAAGGACAAAUUCAGUCAUUAAUUUUUGAAAUCCUUCACCGUCUCACAAAAUAAGCAGCCAUAAUGAAAAAAUCUUUACACCUAUUAUAUCUAAUUUCCAAUCGAGAGGAAAUAGCCCGAAAAAUUAUUCGAAGGGAUUUGAAUUAUGUUAUAAACUGUAUCCAAGGCCAUCUUUUAUCUCAGGAACAGAAAUAAAAACUAGUAAAUGCAAAAAAUCACUGAGAAUUGAUUAUGAUUUUAGUAAUUUUGAUACUGAGAGGUCAAUACAGGCAGGAAAUUAUGGGAGGCCUACAUCAAUAUCUAGGAGAGCUUUAGGAAAUUUAAUUAGUGACCAAGAGAUAGUGCCGCUGACACCAAAUAUGAUUGGAAAAUUAAAUGCCCCGACGAGCUUUUCAAGAAUGGCUGAAGAUUCUGAUAAAGAUAUGAAGUCUGAUAUAGAAAAAAUAUUAGAAAAUUUACAGAGUAGUAGAGCUAGAAAACGUAAGUUUAUUAUGAGAAAUAGUCGUAAAUCUUUGUAA